CGUCAAAACUUACACGUUGGAAGUCUGUAGUUCAAAUUGUUUUUGUUUUUAUUAAUUUAAAAUGAUCAAAUAUUUGAAAGUGGUGUUUUUUAAAUUGUAGAAAUUACCGUAUCGUGUAAUUUUAGUGCGGAUGUAUUGGUUGUGUUUGUGAGUGUUAAAAUCAUAAGUGUGACAGUGUCCGGUUAGAGCUAGGUCUAGCCUCAGAAGGCGAGGCCCACCUCCCAGCGUUGUGUACAUUAAGGUCAAACUAACGGUACAUUUUAAAACAGAAGCCGAAUUCAAUUUUAGCCCAAGACUUACCCUACCCAUAUUACCAGACCUAGGAGCUAAAACAUAAGUUAACUUCUUAUGGAACUAUGACUUUACCCACUGACAUGAGUUUCAUGGAUUUACUCCUUGAUAAGGAGGAUAAUCUGUUAAACUUUGAAAAGGAUCUGAUUGAUGAUGGCAUGAAAUUCAGUCUAGAUCACAAAAAUAUAAAUAAUGACGACUGGUCAAAUGAUGUUGAUUUUUUGGACUCGCUCCUGGAAAUGGAAGAUGUUAGCCAGUCUUUUGACCAUGUCCAGGAUAAGAGUUCGUCAGAAUCCGAUAGCCUUGUAACACCAGCAGGAUCCGUGGUUGAGAGCAGCUCUUGCUCCGACAGUGGUGUGUCAUGUGACCAGCAGAUGUCUCCGAGGGUGCAGGAUAUGGACGAUGUUGAGGAAGUAGAGGAAGUAGUGAUUGAGGAGGAAGUCUACACUGAUCCCGUGAUCAAGGAGGAAGUGGUGGAGAUAGACGAUGACUCCAACCUGGAGAUGCCGAUGGAGACUGUAGAUGAUGUAAAGCAAGAGGAAGACCAACAUGUCGUCACACUGAAUAUACCCAAAAUGCAAUCAGUUGUCAACCCGCCUCCUAUGGUCCGUGUGAAGCCUGUAGCUGCCCCAGCUCCUCGCAGGGUGAUCCGAGUGACACCUCUACAGUCCAACAACCCACGGUCAAUCCUCAUACCAGUGAACGGCGUGGCUGGUGUCCGGACCAUCAAGAUCAUCAACGCAGGCUCCAAAACUCAAGCCAGCCUGAACGCUCGGGCCAAGCAACUGCUCAACAACUCCGCGGUCAUCACAUCCAUCAGUGACGAGAAGGAAACUGCUUCCGAGGCUGGCGAUGACGAGAGGGAAACCGUCUACCCCAGGCUGCAGCUGUCUGCGGAAGAAAAACGACUGAUGGUCAAGGAAGGCAUAACUCUUCCGACGCAUUAUCCUCUGACCAAGCACGAGGAACGGGAGUUGAAGAGGAUCAGGAGGAAAAUCCGCAACAAGAUCUCUGCCCAAGACUCAAGGAAGAGGAAGAAGGAGUACGUGGACGGGCUGGAAGAAAGAGUGAAGCAGUGCACUGAGGAGAACCUGUCGCUGCUACGCAGACUAAAGGUGCUGCAAACGCAGAACCAGUCACUGUGCACGCAGCUGCGCAGACUACAAGCUGCUGUGGUGCGUGGCUCUGCGCAAACGACACAGCCAGCCACUUGUCUCAUGGUGUUGGUGCUGAGUCUGGCCCUGGUCAUGGCUCCAAACCUACGCAACUCUCAGUCCAGACCUGCGACUGAUAACGACCUUGACUUGCCAUCCAAUACUCACACUCCACUAGCAGGUCGUUCAAGAACGUUACUUUUUUCAAAACCGGCAGAUCAGACGCCUGUGGAUCAGGGUCCGUCUGGAGGGGAAGAAGUUGACAAUAAGAAAUUACUGGCUGACUUGGAGGAGCUUUUGCAGUUCAACAAACCGCAACAAGACGACCACGAUUACUCUCAGGCUUACACUGUCGGCAGGAAACGCACCAAAUCCUACAUUGUACCGGACAUCGACGACACGUGGCCCCCUCCAAAGAUCCCGCGUCAGGAAGCAGCGACUCAACCUAUCAUCGCGUCGCAUAACAAGACUCGAAACCCUCCGGAGGAGCGGAAAUUCAUCGUGGAACUCCCUGAGUGAUUCUCUUCUCUUCUUUGCUGCUGUUGGUUUUUUUGGGUCCGGUUAGCUUGUUCGGGUUAGUUGUCACCUUCCAAAUCUUCGGGAAAUCAUCGAGCUUUAUUUUAUGUUACAGAUAUAUAUUUUUUUAUAUUUUUAUAUGUAUAUUUCGAUUAAGUUAAGACAUCCUCGAUCGUUUGCCAACCUGGGUCUUUAUCCACGGUGAAGAACGUGAGGUACAAUGAGAAAUUGCAGAUUAUUUGUAACAUGUUUGAUGGGAGGCAUGGAUGGAGCCAGCAGCGCAAAUUGGAAUAAACCCACAGUGGCUGUUGUUUGGAAGCAACAGUUGACAAAUUACACAGCUUCAGAGCGAGAACUGCUUCAAAGACGAUGCAAGAAAUUUGGUAAUAAGUAAAAAAUGACAGCCUAAAGACACAUGUGCUGGAGCUUCUUAAAAUGAUUAUCAUCUAUGAACAAGAAACAUUGUAUAGUUCCCUGUUUGAUUGAGAACCAAGGUGUUUUUUUUUUAACAAAACAAGAAAAAUACAACUCAAAUGAAAAGUAAAAAAUAAUUGAUGUAUUUUUUUUUUAUUAAUGAAACACCGGUUAUCAGUUUUACAAAACUGUACUUUCUUGACAAUUUCUUGUUAUGAGAUUGAAGUUGACCUUUCGAUAAUUUGUUUUCAGAUUUAAAGCAAGAAUGAAAAUAAAUUAUUCAUAUAGGCUUGAUAUAUCAUUAAAACAAUAAUCAUCUUAUUAAAACUUUUGAAAAGUGAUCUGUGAAUAUUAUGAAAAUUUAAAAUCAACUGAGUAAAGUUUGGUUAUUGUUAAAAAUUAUUCAAUUGUUAUUUUGUACAAAAUAAAAAUUUGAUGACAAGUUGUUACAAUUAUUAUGUAUCAGAAAAUGAAUCUGUUAAACAGGCCCAAUAAAAUAGUCAAAGAUGUAACUUAAACUUUGAAUAUUGAGGAAUAUUUAAGAACAGAUUAGUCUACAUGAUACAAUAAGGGUUUUUUUUUGUAACAUCCUUUUUUCACCUGUCCUACCUGUUUUUACAAUUGAGGUGUCAUUGCAAAACUUGAUCUAGUGGAGUGACUAUAUCAAGAAUUGUAACUUAAAAGGUCCUUUAGGUCUUCGCCCCCCUAGCAUUUGGUUUAUUUCUAUAGUUCGCUAACUGUCUGAAACGAGCAUAAUCUUUGAUAGGUAAAAGGAUAUUGUACUUUUGUUUUGCAAUGCAAAACUCUAUUGGAAUAUGCAAUUUGCACACAGAUAAUUUCAAUUUUUUAAAAAUGUUCAAUAACAAAUUUUUAGCGUGAAGAAAUAAAUAUUAUGCAACUAUUUUUCUGUAAUUUACUCUGUUUUUGUAGAAUCAUGAUAUGAUGUAUAUUGUUUUAGGCCUACUGUAUAUUUUUAUUAUGUUCAGAUUAUCUAUAUUAUUGUAAUCACUGAAAUGAUAUUCUUACAAUUGCAUUUGUUAGUUUUAAUUGCACUAGGAUUGGUAAAUAUGUUCUGAUUGAAUAAAUAAUAUCAUACCUUCUGUAAUGGAAAUAUAAGUUUUUUUUAAAUAAUUAAUUAACUUACCAUGCAUGAUUUUAGUAUUGUUGUCCAUACAUUUAUAUACACUUUUUAAUCUAUCGAAAGAUGCAUCAAAUGCCACUCACCGAUUUUAUUUUUUGAUUAUUUUAAUUGGACUCGUAAGAGUAUAAACAAGUUUUAAUUCACUGUAUUUUAAUCUCUUCAUUCCACUAGUUUUAUGAUCUUAUUUUAAGUAUUUUAUAGGUUAGUUUAAAUUAGCAAUGCAAUCUGUGUAUUAUAUGUAGAAUUUAAGAAAUGUUUUGUCUACUUUCUACGGAAUGUUUUGUUGAUUAUCUUGUUGUUUAUGUAACUUAUACGUUACAGGUUAAUGAUUUUAGAUAUUUAUUGUGCUAAUUUUGGAAAUAGUAAUAUAUUAAAAAUAUAUAUUUAGUUUUAAGAUUUAAGAGAUUUGCUUUUGUUUGAAAAUGUUGUGGAGUUUGAAGUAGAAUGAGUUUAAUUAAGUUAUAUACUGCACUGUUUUAAAUUAAAUUAGAACAGGGGUCUUUGAAGGAUUGUGGAAUCGAUACAAUUUCUUAAACAUAUUUACUUAGUUCUUGGAGACCACAUGAAGGCUUUUGUGUUCAAUCAAGCGUUUGUCUAUGUUGCGCUUUUGUAAAUUUGUUGAAUAAACAGCAGCAUGGAGGAUUGAA